CGCACAGCCCUAUAAAGCUAGGGCUGCUCUGUUGAACGGGCUGCAUUUCUCCUGCUGCUGCAGCAGCGAAAACGUCUCUGCCUCCCCUCUGCCCUGCCUGUGGGUCUAGAGGGAUUAAGGAAAGUAGGGAAAUCCAUCACGUGGAGGAGGAGGUGGAGGGAGAGGGGCGGUCAUUAGCAUUCCUGUGCUGUGCCUGAGCUGGCAGCAUCUCAAGGAGAGAUCCGGGGCCAGCCCAGGAAGGGAGCUGGGACCAGGAAGAGGAGCUGGAGCCCGGUUCCUGACACCCGGUCCCCCAGAACCCCUCAGCCCUGUGUGCCACCAAGCACUCGCCUUCCAGUCUCUGCUCUGCGUCUCUUUCCCGUUCUUUAUCCCGCUCCGAGUGCCUGUUCUCGGCAGCUGCCUGGCUGAUUUGGGGCUCGAGUUUAACUUUGCUUCUGGGUUUGGGGCUCUGCAGCCGCUGCACUUCCCCAGCGAGGCUGGCUCUUGGGAUGGGACUCCGGGAGCUGACUGUCUGGCUGAUCGUGGCUGUGGGGCUCGUACAUGUGUCCCUGCAAGGAGAGUUCCAGAGGAAGCUCUAUAAGGAGUUGCUGAAGAAUUACAAUCCUCUGGAGAGGCCUGUGGCCAAUGAUUCCCAGCCGCUCACUGUCUACUUCACUCUUAGCCUCAUGCAGAUUAUGGAUGUGGAUGAAAAGAAUCAAGUUUUAACAACCAACAUUUGGUUACAAAUGUAUUGGACAGAUUACUAUUUACAAUGGAACAUGUCUGACUACCCCGGAGUGAAGAAUGUUCGUUUUCCUGAUGGUCAGAUUUGGAAGCCAGAUAUUCUUCUGUACAACAGUGCUGAUGAACGAUUUGAUGCGACGUUUCAUACCAAUGUUUUAGUCAAUUCUUCAGGACAUUGCCAAUACCUACCCCCAGGCAUAUUCAAGAGCUCAUGCUACAUAGAUGUGCGCUGGUUUCCAUUUGAUGUUCAGAAGUGUAAUCUGAAGUUUGGAUCCUGGACCUAUGGUGGAUGGUCCUUGGACUUACAAAUGCAAGAAGCAGAUAUAUCUGGAUACAUUUCAAAUGGAGAGUGGGAUCUAGUAGGAGUUCCUGGAAAGAGGAGUGAGAGUUUUUAUGACUGUUGUAAAGAACCUUACCCAGAUGUGACAUUCACAGUGACUAUGAGACGUAGGACUCUGUAUUAUGGACUCAAUCUUCUCAUUCCUUGCAUGCUGAUAUCGGCCCUUGCCCUAUUAGUUUUUCUGCUUCCAGCUGACUCAGGAGAGAAGAUCUCACUAGGUAUAACAGUUUUGUUGUCUCUUACUGUCUUUAUGCUACUUGUGGCAGAAAUUAUGCCAGCAACAUCAGAUUCUGUGCCGUUAAUAGCUCAGUAUUUUGCCAGCACCAUGAUUAUUGUUGGCCUUUCUGUUGUUGUCACUGUUAUUGUUCUGCAAUAUCACCAUCAUGACCCAGAUGGGGGAAAAAUGCCAAAGUGGACAAGAAUCAUCCUUCUGAACUGGUGUGCCUGGUUCCUGAGGAUGAAGAGACCAGGGGAAGAUAAAGUACGCCCUGCCUGUCAGCAUAAGCAGCGUCGAUGUAGCUUGUCAAGUGUGGAUAUGAACACUGUGAGUGGGCAACAGGCCAGUAAUGGGAAUAUGCUCUAUAUUGGGUUCCGGGGGCUGGAAGGGGUCCAUUGCACUCCGACCACUGAUUCUGGGGUAAUUUGUGGGAGGAUGACCUGCUCGCCAACAGAAGAAGAGACUCUCCUGCACAGUGGACACCCCUCUGAAGGUGACCCAGAUUUGGCUAAGAUCUUGGAGGAGGUCCGAUAUAUUGCAAACCGAUUCAGAGACCAGGACGAGGAGGAAGCCAUUUGCAAUGAAUGGAAGUUUGCAGCCUCCGUGGUAGACCGUCUCUGCUUGAUGGCCUUUUCUGUCUUCACAAUCAUUUGUACGAUCGGCAUUUUAAUGUCCGCACCAAACUUUGUAGAGGCUGUGUCUAAAGAUUUUGCUUAAUUCUGAAAAAUGUCUGUGAUCCUCCAAGGUAUGCUAUGUAGCAAAUAGAUGAGUACAUGGUCUUUUUAAAAAAAAAAACAUGCCUUAUCAUGAAUAUAUUCUUACUCAGUGACCCAUCUAAAAACAGUAAAAUGUCUAUA